ACAUUUGUAGUACCCUUCUUCAUUCUCCACAACACACUCACAAAACCAAAGAAAGAAGAGACCUUUAACCACACAACACAGCCAUGGCCACCACUGCUUUCCAGCAAUCAGCAUUCGCUGGUCAAACAGCUCUGAAGCAGGUCAAUGAGCUCGUCCGCAAGACCGGUGGCUCCGGCCAAGGUCGCACCAACAUGCGCCGCACCGUCAAAAGUGCUCCUCAGAGCAUUUGGUAUGGCCCUGACCGUCCCAAGUACUUGGGUCCAUUUUCUGACCAGAUUCCAUCAUACCUGACCGGUGAAUUCCCUGGUGACUACGGAUGGGACACGGCUGGAUUAUCAGCUGACCCUGAAACCUUUGCCAGGAACCGUGAGUUGGAGGUGAUUCACAGCAGAUGGGCCAUGCUUGGUGCUCUAGGAUGCACCUUCCCAGAGAUUCUUGAGAAGAAUGGUGUGAAAUUCGGUGAGGCAGUGUGGUUCAAGGCUGGUGCACAGAUCUUCUCUGAGGGAGGACUUGACUAUUUGGGGAACCCAAACCUGAUCCAUGCUCAGAGCAUUCUUGCCAUCUGGGCUGUGCAGGUUGUGCUUAUGGGGUUUGUUGAAGGUUACAGAGUCGGUGGAGGACCUCUUGGUGAAGGGUUAGACCCUAUCUACCCUGGUGGUGCUUUUGACCCUCUUGGUCUUGCUGAUGACCCUGAUGCAUUUGCUGAGUUGAAGGUCAAGGAACUCAAGAAUGGUCGCUUGGCUAUGUUCUCCAUGUUUGGUUUCUUUGUUCAGGCCAUUGUCACUGGCAAGGGCCCUAUUCAGAACCUUUACGACCAUGUUGCUGACCCUGUUGCCAACAAUGCUUGGGCUUAUGCCACCAACUUCGUCCCUGGACAAUGAGCAUGUCAACUUGUGCCUUCUUGGAUGCAAUGCAAUGCAAUCUUCUGCUCAUAUUUGCAGUUUUUCCCUUGUGUUUAACUCAAAUUUCACUGAUGUAACUACACAGCGUGUAGCAGAAGAAUCUGUAUGAGAACAGUUAUAUAUUACAAAUUUGGAUCUCUGAAAUAUCAAACUCUUGACUAGUGUUUGUUAA